CCAACACAAGCAGAGCCUACAAGUAGAGCUUAGCCGUAGCGCCUUGGCCCAGCUGUUGCUCCUGCGAGAAAUCAUGUUCGCUAGACGAUGUACGAUGCUUUCUUCCUCUGCCGUACGAAGAGUUAAGCUGCGGCCGCUGGCGGUGCUACUAGCACCUAAUUGCCGAGAACUGAGCUCGUCGAACUUGACGAAGAAGCAACAGAUCGAGGGGUUCACGAUCAAGGACCGGAGGCCUCCACGACCUCGUGUAGCAAAGCAAAAACGGAAGCAGUACCUGGCAGAGCGAAAAGAUGCUUUCGAGGCAGAGCAGGAAAAAGCGACGAGUCUUGGUCUGGAUUGGGGUAUCAGGAGUGCCCUGAUUCUGGAGCGCCUCCCCGUGAUCGUAGAGGAGUACACUGAUUGGCAGCGUGACUUCUGGGAUCUUCAGACCAAGCAAGCUCACUACGGCGCGAAAUUCCCCGCCGAAAUGGGCUUCAAGUACGAUGACGAGAAGUCUCUGACUAUGGAGCAGGUCCUGGAGCAAAGCCCUGUCCCUCUCGCGCCUCGACGGACUCCUGCUGACGAGUCGAACGACCGCACGACUUUGGAUCGGGCACUUGACGAGCGGCUAGUGUUGAUCGUCAAGCCUAGAAGUGGAGAUGAGUGGCGUCUUCCUGAGAGUGCAUGGGAGCCGGGAGAGACUAUCCGCCAAACAGCAGAGCGAACUGCACAACAACUGCUACUGAAAUCUGCCACUCGGAAGGGUCAGCGGGACGAUGUGGCUCAGCUCCACUUCGUUGGAAACUGUCCGGCUGGCUGGUUCUGGCGCACAGCAGAUGAAGAACAAGGGGGGCAACAUGAGAAGUUUGGAGACAAGGUGUUCAUCAACCGGGUGCAGCUCAUUUGUGGGCAACCAACUGUGGUCAAGAGGCAAGCAGCGGAACACCUUUGGGUGACCAAGCAUGAGAUCGGCGAAUACCUCGGGGAAUCCAUGGGCGUGUACUUGAAACAUUUGAUCUAGAACGUUGAGAGAAGCCAAAUUUUGAUUACAUGGGACAUUAGACACUCGUGUUUCUCAGGACAAAGUUGAACGACAAUCUACUGCUGAGGGAACGCGCAUGUGUGCGGCGUCCCUGCAGGCUUUUCGUACAAUCGCAAAAUUGGCGCUGACGACCUCUCGAUGCAUUUGAAGCUUGACUGCUUGUGAGACGUUGAUACCAAGGGUUUGAACUUAAAUUUUUCCAAAGGGAUCAACA